GUUUUUCCACCGAAACUUCGAGAAGACGGUCGCCAUUUUGAGACUAAGGACGAGGGAGUGCUGUUGUCGUUUCAUAUCGUCAGGAAAAUAAGGAUUGUUUGCUAUUUGGUAUGCUUCAUCCCUUAUUAGAGAUGCGCCAGUCGAGGCAGAUGGACUCUCCGGAACGCUGGAUGCCGGAGCGAAGCUGGGAGGAGAGACUGGAGAGCCGCAAGCGCCGCAGGCGGGACUCGCACAGUAGCGAGAGGGAGAAUAAGUCCCGGAGGUACCAUCACCACUACAGGGCCUACGAUGGGCAUUACCUGGAGGCGAAGCCUCUAAGCGACAACUUGGAGGUCAAGGAGCGCAGGCACCGGGAAAUCAUUGGGGUUUCGCCCUGCAAACGGCGGGAGAGGGACAGGGACUGGCACCACUACAGCAAGUCCUCAGGCCUCAGUGGGCGCAGCAGCCAUAGGCGCCACCGGGGGCGCCGGCGUAGCCCUUCCCACCGCCGCUCAUACUCGAGGAGUCAUCGCAGGAAAAGAUCCAGGAGUUUUGAGGAUGAUGAGGAGGGUCAUCUGAUCUAUCACAGUGGACACGUGCUAAAAGCAAGAUAUGAGAUUGUGUGCACUUUAGGAGAGGGGGCCUUCGGAAAAGUGGUGGAAUGCAUCGACCGUUCAAAGGGUGGUGCCCGAGUGGCCCUGAAGAUAAUAAAAAAUAUUGAUCGUUAUCGAGACGCAGCUCUCUCUGAGGUUGAGGUGUUGGAGCAAAUGAACUCCCUUGACUAUGACAGGAGAUAUGCAUGUGUGCGGAUGUUGGACUGGUUUGACCACCAUGGGCACAUUUGCAUUGUGUUCGAACUGUUAGGUUUGAGCACCUAUGACUUCCUUAAGGAAAAUAGUUUUCUGCCAUUUCCUGUGGAUCAAAUCAGGAAGAUGAGUUACCAGAUUAUCAGAGCUGUGCACUUUCUCCAUCGGAACAAAUUAACGCACACUGACCUGAAACCGGAGAAUAUCCUCUUUGUGAAUUCUGAGUACUCGAUGGAGUACAAUGCCAAAAUGAAACGAGAUGAGAGGACCUUGAAAAACCCAGACGUGAAGGUGGUAGACUUUGGAAAUGCCACGUAUGAGUAUGAGCACCAUACUUCUGUGGUGUCGACCCGACAUUACAGAGCACCAGAGGUUAUACUUGACUUGGGCUGGAAUCAUGCGUGUGAUGUCUGGAGUCUGGGCUGCAUUGUCCUUGAGUAUUACCUUGGAGUAACGCUGUUCCAGACUCACGACAGCAAGGAACACCUGGCCAUGAUGGAGAGAGUUCUGGGUCCAAUACCUGCCCAUCUUCUUCAGAAAACCAGGAAGCAGCGAUAUGUUCGUGACGGACACCUGGACUGGGAUGAGCAGAGCUCUUCGGGCCGAUACGUGAGGAAGCAGUGCAGGCCACUUCGGCAAUACAUGGCCUCAAAGCGCUCUGAACACGAGCAGCUGUUUGACCUCAUUCAGAAGAUGUUGGAAUACGACGUGUCCAAGAGAAUCACCCUGGACGACGCCAUGAAGCACCCAUUUUUUGAGCCCCUUAAGAAAGGGAAAAGAAAGUGACCAGUCAGUUGCUCAUACCCUUUACUUGACUCUCUGGGGGAGAUUUUUUGCAGACUGCAUCAGUCCACAUUUUGUUCAUCCUAAUGUUGAAUGUGUUUAUGUAGCAUUUUGCUGGGGAAAUUAUUCAAGUGUCUUUUACAAUGUAAUUUAUAGCUCUUAGAUGUGGGUGUGUAUUUUCUGUUUAAUGUCAGGACAUUUUUGUACUCUUCAAAAUACUGUAUGGUUGAUUGAAUAAAAUUAACAUGAAGAGAA